CCCUCACCAAGCCCGCUCCGCCUCGGGCGCGGCACGGCGAUGCCGGGCAGCAGGGAGGACGCUGGAUGGCUUUUCUGCGGAGGGAUGGCGUGCGGCAACCGCAGCGGACGCAGCAAGAGGCAAGUGCUGUUGUUUAUUCUGGGCGUUUGCGUGUGUCAGAGCGCGGCCGAAAGCCUCCGCUAUUCUCUGGCGGAGGAAAUGGAGAGGGACUCCUUUGUGGGCAAUAUUGCCAAGGACCUGGGCGUUGCUCCGAGCCAGCUCGCGGCUCGCAAAGCCCGCGUUGUGUCCGAGGGGAACGAGCAUCUUUUCCGCCUCAAUCAGAACACCGGGGUGCUGACGGUGACCGAGUCGCUGGACCGAGAGCAGCUCUGUCCGCAGAGUGACACUUGCAUCCUCUUCUUUACGAUGUUCUUUGAAAAUCCGCUGCAGCUGGUCAGAGGGGAGGUGGAGGUGCAAGACGUGAACGACAACUCCCCCGUGUUCCCGGAGAAGAGCAUCGUUAUAGAAAUUCCAGAAACGACAUCUCCCGGGUCCCGUUUACCUCUAGAAAACGCCCGAGAUAAGGACAUAGGCAGCAAUGGCUUGCAGAACUACAGCCUGGGCUCCAAUACACAUUUCACCCUCUCUCUAGAAACAAGGAAAGACGGAAUAAAAUACCCAGAGCUCGUCUUAGAGCAGCAGCUGGACAGGGAAGAGCAGCCGGAGAUGAAUUUAGUCCUCACUGCCACUGAUGGGGGCUCACCACCCAGGUCGGGCAUGGCUCUGAUCCGAGUCGUCGUGCUGGAUGCCAAUGACAACGCCCCGGUAUUCGGCCAGGAGGUGUAUGAGGUGCGUUUGUCCGAGAACAGUAGCCGGGACCAGCUUAUGAUAAGAGUUACGGCCGCAGAUCCCGAUGAAGGAUCCUACGGGAAAAUACGGUAUGCCUUGACACAGAUACCGGAUAGGUCCCGAGAGCUCUUCGAGUUGAACCCUGAAACUGGGGAGAUACGUGUUGCAGGUGACCUGGAUUUCGAGGAAGCAAAAAACCACGAGAUAGUGGUGAGAGCGACAGACGGCGGAGGUUUGUAUGGACAUUGCAAAGUGCAGGUGGAGGUCCUGGACGCUAACGACAACGCCCCGGAGAUCGCGCUCACCUCCCUCACCGCCUCCAUUCCCGAGGACGCCCCGCCACGCACCGUCGUGGCUCUGUUCAGCGUGCGGGACCGCGACUCCGGCGACAACAGCAGGACGGAGUGCGCCAUCGACGCCGACUUGCCCUUCAGCCUCAGCCCCACUUUCGAGAACUACUACGAGCUGCGAACAAACGCGGCGCUGGACAGGGAGCGCACGGCAGCCUAUAACAUCAGCAUCACAGCCACGGACUGGGGCGCGCCGCGGCUCAGCUCCUCGGAAACGCUCUUCGUGCGGCUCUCGGACGUGAACGACAACCCGCCCCGGUUCACCCAGGACGUCUACAGCAUGUCGGUGACGGAGAACAACAGCCCCAUGCUCCGCAUCGGCAGCGUGAAGGCCACGGACGCGGACGCGGGAAGAAACGCACGCGUAAGCUACGCGCUGGUGCGACAGGAGGGCAAGGAGCAGCCCGAGGUGUCGGUGAACUCGGAGAGCGGCGACGUCUACGUGCUGCGUCCGCUGGACUACGAGGCGGUGCGCGCGUUCGAGGUGGCGGUGCGCGCUGCCGACGGCGGGUCGCCGCCGCUCAGCGCCCAGGCGGUGCUGCGCGUGGUGGUGCGGGACGACAACGACAACGCGCCCGUCGUGCUGCACCCGGCCGCCGAGCCCAGCGCGCAGGCGGCGGCUCCGUUGGAGCUGGUGCCGCGCUGGGCGCAGGCGGGCUACCUGGUGGCCAAGGUGGUGGCGGUGGACGCGGACGCGGGGCAGAACGCGUGGCUGUCGUACGAGCUGGCCAAGGCGACGGAGCCGGCGCUGUUCCGCGUGGGGCUGCACAGCGGCGAGGUGCGCACGGCGCGGGCCGUGGCCGAGCGCGACGCGCCCCGGCAGCGCCUCGUCGUGCUGGUGCGGGACCGCGGGCAGCCGCCGCGCUCCGCCAGCGCCACCCUCGGCAUCGCGCUGGUCGACGGCUUCUCCGACGCCCAGCUGCGGGCGGGCGACGAGGCGCCGGCCGCGCAGCUCGACGACCCGCUGACGCUCUACCUCGUCGCCUCGCUGGCCUGCGUGUCCGCGCUCUUCCUGGCCACCGCCGUGGCCGCCGGGGCCGUGAGGCUGCGGCGGGCCCGGCGGAGCGCGGCCGACAGCUUGCCCACCUUCCCGCAGCCGGCCGCCGACAGCGACGCGGGCUCCCUGCCCCGCAGCUACAUCUACGACGUCUGCCUCGCCGCCGGCACCGUCAACAGCGAGUUCCGCUUCCUCAGGCCCCUCUUCCCCUGCCUCCCCGCCGGCCUGCCCGCCGCGCCGCCCGAGCAGCGGAGCUCGCUGUGCUCGCAAGAGCCGGCCAACCUGGGCGAAGACGGCGACUGGGCUGCACAGGGCAGAACUCCCUUCUCUCAAGACUCGGUUCCCAGACCCGAGGUAACAACUUGCCCUGCAAACCGGGCCAUGGAGAUCAGUGUCCCUUCUGAUCAAAGCCCUUGGCUCACUCAUCAGUGAGGAGAAGGACAAGUACGUCGGUCCUCCUAGGAAAAAGAGAAGAAAGAGGCCAAACACUCAGUUAAAAAGUAUCAGAGGCGUAUCAAGCUCCUCCCUGAGAGAAAAAUAGCUCCCACCCCUUGGGCACUACAUCUCUCUUGAAGGUUUUUUUCGUUUUUCCUUGUGGUCUGGGUGGACAAGGAUUGUGUUGCAUGUUGACUACACCAAGCCUUCAUUUGUGCUUGUGACAGUGCUGCUGCUUCUGCAUAUUAAGUGAGAUAUAGAAUACUGGAAGUACAUUUUCAAGAUAAUUUAUCAUGUCACUUUUCCUGUGUUGCUUUGUUGUUUCUUUUUCUUGGCUUGGUUUACAUACUUCUUGUGGUUUUGUAUCUGUACUAAAGACUUCAUUUUCUGCAGCCUGAUCAGAUAUUGGCCAAGUAGCUAUUAGGUGAACUAAGUGAUAUUUGCAAAGGAAUUCCUUAACAACAAGCAGCAGCUGAUUACGUUAGAACCCGCUGACCUAUGUAACCAGAAGAUUCCAGGUUCUCCCUACUGCAAAGAGUUGGCUUUGAUCAAUUUCUUCUUUCUUUUAAUAAAUUACACUUGAAAUGAA